AUGGAGGCAGCGUCAGAGGGAGGAGGCGGCGGAGGGAGCAUAAACGCAGAAACGUCGUUAGAGGCAACGAGAUACACAACCCUUACCGCGACAAAAAUGAAGGCACCGUGGUCGUUGGAGGCAGCGGUGGGAGCAACGAUGGAGAGAGCACCGGCGUCAUUGGAGGCAGCGAGAUGCACCACCCUCAAUGCAAUUAAAUGGAGGCACCGUCUGAAGUGGUUGGAGGCAGCAAAGGAGGAAGCAACAAUUAUUUAUAUAUCCAUCGUAUUAAUUGCAUUUGUUUCUCCAAAUUGUUCAUUAACAUCACCACACUCACCCUUCCCUAUAAAACCCUCUCACCAAUUCCCUCUUCAUAACAUUUUGAGGCUAUCCCACAUCUCCAUCAAUCUCUCGCAAACACAUUUUCUCCACAACCAUUUUCUCCCUAUUGAGGUUAUCAUGGGAAUCACUUCUCCUUUUGCUUCAAUAACUCAAUGCACAACCAAAGACCGUUCCAACCAAACAGUUGUCUCCAACCUCGGUGGCACUCUCCUCGUGUCCCGCAGUGCCUUCCCAUAUUACCUCCUCGUUGCUCUCGAAGCCGGCAGCAUCCUAAGAGCCCUAUGUCUUCUCACCCUCGUCCCCUUUAUCUACUUCACCAACCUCUUCAUCUAUGAAACUGCGGCAAACAAAACCUUAGCCUUUGUAACCUUCGCAGGGCUCAAACUCAGGAACGUUGAGGUAGUGUCGCGGUCGGUGCUCUCCAGAUUCUACGCGGAGGAUGUACACCCUGACACCUGGCACGUUUUCAACGCCUUUGGGAAGCGCUACAUUGUUACCGCCAGCCCCAGGGUGAUGGUGGAACCGUUUGCCAAAACAUUUCUUGGCGCAGAUAAGGUCCUUGGAACAGAGCUCCAGGUAACACCGUCAGGGAGGCUGACAGGGUUUACUGACGAUGUCGGUAUGCUUGUUGCUAACCACAAAAGAGACGUGGUCAUCAAGGAGUUUGGAACGAACUUGCCCGAUGUAGGACUCGGAGACUGUGUAACCGACUAUGACUUCAUGUCCAUUUGCAAGGAAGGAUAUAUGGUGCCAAGGAUGAAGUGUGAGCCACUACCAAGAAACAAACUUCUAAGUCCAAUAAUUUUUCAUGAGGGCAGGCUAGUUCAGAGACCAACUCCUUUAGUGGCCCUCUUGACCUUCCUGUGGAUGCCAAUUGGCAUUAUACUCUCAAUCCUAAGGGUCUACCUCAAUAUUCCUUUGCCAGAAAGAAUUGCUUGGUACAACUAUAAGCUUCUUGGAAUCAGGAUCAUUAGGAAGGGUACACCUCCACCACCACCAAGAAAAGGUCAGAGUGGGGUGCUAUUUGUGUGUAACCACCGUACAGUUUUAGACCCUGUGGUUACUGCCGUUGCCCUAGGGAGGAAAAUCAGCUGUGUCACAUACAGCAUAAGCAAAUUCACCGAAAUUAUUUCACCUAUCAAAGCUGUUGCACUCUCAAGGGAGAGAGAAAGAGAUGCAGCCAACAUCAAGAAAUUGCUUGAAGAAGGAGACUUGGUUAUUUGUCCUGAAGGCACCACUUGUAGAGAACCAUUCCUCUUGAGAUUCAGUGCUCUCUUUGCUGAGCUAACCGAUAGGAUUGUCCCAAUUGCCAUCAACACAAAGCAAACUGUGUUUUAUGGUACCUCAGUUCGCGGGUACAAAUUGUUGGACCCUUAUUUUGUGUUUAUGAAUCCUAUGCCAACUUAUGAGAUCACUUUCUUGAAUCAGUUACCAACAGAACUCACCUGUAAGGGAGGAAAAUCAUCAUUUGAAGUCGCAAAUUAUAUUCAAAGGGUUCUUGCAGGGACUCUGGGGUUUGAGUGCACCAAUUUAACAAGAAAGGACAAGUAUGCAAUCCUUGCAGGAACGGAUGGAACCGUUCCAUCUAAGAAGAAUACUUGAAAUUCCAGACGGAAAAAGCAUCUCUCUUUUAUUCUCUACAUUGGUCUCGUUGUUCCCAAAAGCUUAAAAUCAUUAGGGUAUUAGAGUAAUAAAAACUGAUUGUGAUUUUUUAUAAGAAUAAUAGUUUGCGUAAUUAUUGUUAUUAUGAUAAUUACAACUAGUUGUUAUUUUGUCAGUC